GAAAGAACCAGGGGCUCCAGGCAGAGCUCUGCAAGCUACAGGCAAACAGGGAAGCUUCUGUGAGCAACACAGGCCCAGGCUGAGGGGCGGCGGAGGAGGCCAAGGCCUGGGUUCCUAGGUUGCCCAGUCAGGAUGGGGAUGCCCCAGCCCUGGGCCCUCAGCCUCUUGCUGGCCCUCCUGCCUCGGACCUGGGGUGCAGAGACCCGUCCCCCGCUGCUCUACCACCUCACAGCUGUGUCCAACCCAGCCAGCGGCCUUCCCUCCUUCUGGGCCACAGGCUGGCUGGGUCCUCAGCAGUACCUGAGCUACAACAGCCUGCGGCAGGAGGCUGAACCCUGCGGGGCCUGGAUGUGGGAGAACCAAGUGUCGUGGUACUGGGAGAAGGAGACUGUGGACCUGAAAAGCAAACAAGAGCUCUUCUUGAAGGCCCUAGAAGCCUUGGAAGCCCAUAUUAGUGGGCAGGAAGGUAACUUCAUACUGCAGGGCCUGCUGGGCUGUGAACUGGCCCCCGACAAUUCCUCAUUGCCCACCGCUACGUUCGCCCUCAAUGGCGAGAACUUUAUGGAAUUCAACCCGAGCAUUGGCAACUGGAGUGGGGAGUGGCCUGAGACAGAGAUCGUUGGUAAUCUGUGGAUGAAGCAGCCUGAGGUAGCCAGGAUGGAGAGUGAGUUCCUGCUGACUUCCUGUCCUGAGCGGCUGCUAAGUCACCUGGAGAGGGGUCUCCAGUACCUGGAGUGGAAGGAGCCACCCUCCAUGCGCCUGAAGGCCCGCCCUAGCAACUCCGGCUCCUCCAUACUCUCCUGCGCUGCUUUCUCCUUCUACCCACCUGAGCUGAAGCUACGGUUCCUGCGGAGUGGGCUGGCCGCAGGCCCUGGGAACUGCAGCGUGGGCCCCAACGGGGAUGGCUCUUUCCACGCCUUGUCACUGCUGGAGGUCAAAACAGGGGACGAGCGCCAUUACCAGUGCCAGGUGGAACACACGGGGUUGCUGCAGCCUCUCACUGUGGGCCUAGAUGCACCAGCCAAAUCGUCUGUGCCUGUGGUCGGGAUCAUUCUGGGUUUCUUGGUGGUCAUAGUGGCUGCUGCAGGGGGUGUGCUGCUGUGGAACAGGAUGCACAGCGGGCUGCCAGCCCCAUGGCUUUCCCUCAGCGGCGAUGACUCAGGUGACCUGCUGCCCGGGGGUAACUUGCCCCCUGAGGCUGACCCUCAGAGUGCAAAUGCCCUUCCAGCCAUUUCCUGAUGCCAACUCAGGCCGCUGGUGCUGUGUGACCCCUGAACUCCUGGCAUCUCUGAGCCUCCUGAGGGAGCCCUGGGCUGGAUGACUCCCCUGUGGACCCCUCCUUUUGUGGCCUGCCUCAGUUUUCCUCCUAAUGUACAUGGCUCUUUUACGUCUCCACAUAAAUUUGAGCCCAAG